UUUGCCUCAGGAAGCCGAGCUCAUCUGGAUUCCCACCAUGGCCUGGGCCCCUCUGCUCCUCACACUGCUCACUUACUGCUCAGGUUCCAGCUCACAGCCUGUGCUGACUCAACCGCCCUCGAUAUCCGUGUCCCCCGGAGAGAAUGUGAGACUGGCCUGCACCAUGCCCUCAGGGUACAGCAAUCCCAGCUACAGGGUGCAAUGGCUCCAGCAGAAGCCAGGCAGUGCCCCGCGGUUCGUGUACCACUAUCAAGCUAGCAAUAGCCAGGGCAGGGGCACAGGGAUCCCAGCACGAUUCACGGUCUCCCCUGACACCUCCAACAACCUCUGGAAUUUAGUCAUCUCUGGGGUCCAAGCAGAGGAUGAGGCUGAUUAUUACUGUGCCACAUGGGAUGGUCGUAGUAAGACUCAUCACAGUGAUACAAACACUAACGUGAAAGUGUCAGGGACCCCUGGGUGGUUCUCUGGGUCCAGCUCUGGUAACACGGCCUAUUUAACCAUCAGCGGGGCCCUGGCGGAGGACGACGCUGAUUAUUACUGCCUCACUCACUACUAUCAAGGAGGGGCUUUUAAGGCUACACAGUUUCAGUUCCCAGCAGCUCCAGUCACUGAAGGCGUCCGAGUUAGUGUCUCCUGGAGGGACCGUGACCCCUCUUGCAGCCUGAGCAGUGGGGCCCUCGCUGAUCACAACCACCCCUUCUGGGUUCAACAGAGACUGGGGAAUGUUCCUCGGCUGAUCAUGCACAGCACCAGUACCAGGCCCUCGGGGAUCCCAGAGCGUUUCAUUGGCUCCAGAUCGGGUAACACCAUGUCCUUGACCAUCACGGGGACCCUGGCAGAGGAUGAUGCUGAUUAUUACUGCUCUAGAGAAUCGGAUGGUUCUUGGAAGAGAGACGUGAUCCUCUGGAUUCUCACCAUGGCCUGGGCCCCUCUGCUUCUCACACUGCUCACUUACUGCAUUGAUUUCAGUUCUCAGCAGCUCCAGUCGCUGAAGGCAUCCGAGUUAGUGUCUCCUGGAGGGACCGUGACCCUCUCCUGCAGCCUGAGCAGUGGGGCCCUCACUGAUCACAACCACCCCUUCUGGGUUCAACAGAGACUGGGGAAUGUUCCUCGGCUGAUCAUGCAUAGCACCAGUACCAGGCCCUCGGGGAUCCCUGAGCGUUUCACUGGCUCCAGAUCGGGUAACACCAUGUCCUUGACCAUCACGGGGACCAUAGCAGAGGAUGAUGCUGAUUAUUACUGUUCUGUGUGGACAGGGAGUGCUCGUCACAGCAGUACAAUCAGAUGA